AUGGAGAAUGAAGAAGGAGAAUCAUUUGAAGAGGAGAGAAAGUGUAUAAGAACCAAAGGGAAGAAGGCCAGGACGAAACCGAGGUUUGUAUUCCGCACAAGAAGCGAUGACAACAUCCUCGACGACGGCUACCGGUGGAGAAAGUACGGCCAGAAAUCUGUCAAGAACAGUUUGUACCCAAGGAGUUACUAUAGAUGCACACAAAAUACGUGUGAGGUGAAGAAGCAGGUGCAGAGGUUGACAGAGGACAAGGCCAUGGUGGAGACAACCUACGAAGGAAUCCAUAACCAUCCAUGCGAGAAGCUCAUGCAAACCCUAACUCCUCUCAUCAACCAAAUCCACUUCCUCUCCUCUCUUUCCAGUUCCUCUUAA